GCGCUGAGAAGGACCAGCGAGCGCUUCGAAGGCGCGGCGCGCCAGCCGCCCAGCUCAAAGUUUGGCAGCCUCGGCUUCCUUUCCGUCCGCUGCGAGGCGCGACCUGCUUCUCCCCAACGAAAGCGAACAACCAGCCCCCGCGGAAAGGCGCUGCUACUCCGGAGAGGGCGAGGUUAACAAGCGCCGUCUCGGAAGCCGCGUCCCCGCCGUAAAGGGGGGACGGAGGAAGACGGUGGUAGUGGGCGGCGGCGGCGGUGCCGGCAGUAGCCGCGGCUGUUCGGCUCUUUUCCCACCGCGGUGUCGUUUCGUCCUUCGCCCCGCCGGCAGGUUCCGCUUCGUACGGUCAGAGUUGGAUCUUCAAUGGCCGGAGAAAGAACGAGGAAGGGGUUGAAAUGACUACGAAUGCUAUCCUAGAAGAGAUUCUGAUUAAAAGGUCUCAGCAGAAGAAAAGGACGUCUCCUUUAAACUACAAAGAGAGGCUUUUUGUGCUCACAAAAUCCAUGCUAGCCUAUUACGAAGGUCGUCCAGAGAAAAAAUACAGAAAAGGAUCGGUUGACAUUUCCAAAAUCAAAUGCGUUGAGACGGUGAAGAAUGAGGAUACUGUUAUACCUUGUCAAAAUAAAUAUCCAUUUCAGGUUGUCUACGAUCAUAGUACCCUUUAUAUUUUUGCCCCCACUGCCUAUAGUAGGGAUCAGUGGGUAAGAAAUUUAAAAGAAGAAAUAAAGAGUAAUAAUAAUAUAAUGGUUAAGUAUCAUCCUAAAUUCUGGACAGAUGGAAUCUAUCAAUGUUGCCGGCAGACUGAAAAACUGGCGCCCGGCUGUGAAAAGUACAAUCUCUUUGAAAAUGGAAUUAAAGCUCUACCUUCGACAAUGACAGAUAAACAUAAGUUUCAGAGAAGACCCCCACCUCCUGUUCCUCCAGAAGAGGAAGAGUCGGAGGAAGAAGAAGUGGUCAUAGCCAUGUAUGACUUUGAGCCCACGGAACUUCAUGAUCUGAGAUUAGAAAGAGGUCAAGAAUAUAUUGUAAUUGAAAAAAAUGACAUCCAUUGGUGGAAAGCAAAAGAUAAAUAUGGAAACCAAGGAUAUAUUCCAAGCAAUUACGUAACAGGAAAGAAGUCCAACAGCCUGGAACAGUAUGAGUGGUACUGCAGAAAUCUGAACAGAAGUCAGGCAGAGCAGCUUCUCAGAAAUGAGGAUAAAGAAGGGGGGUUUAUGGUGAGGGACUCCAGUCAACCAGGUUUAUAUACAGUAUCGCUUUAUGCAAAAUUUGGAGGAGAAGGGCUAUCUGGAGUAAGACACUACCAUAUAAAAGAAACAAUGACAUCACAAAAGCAAUAUUAUUUGGCAGAAAAGCAUCUGUUUGACUCUAUUCCAGAAUUAAUUGACUAUCAUAAACACAAUGCUGCAGGGCUUGUAACGAGGCUACGAUAUCCAGUGACUCCAAAAGUGAAACCUUCACCAACUACUGCUGGAUUCAGCUACGAGAAAUGGGAAAUCAAUCCUGCAGAACUCACCUUUAUGCGAGAACUGGGCAGUGGUCUCUUUGGGGUCGUGCGGCUGGGCAAAUGGAGAGCCCAGUACAAAGUUGCCAUCAAAGCCAUCCGAGAAGGUGCCAUGUACGAAGAGGACUUUAUAGAAGAAGCUAAAGUAAUGAUGAAAUUGACGCAUCCGAAAUUAGUCCAGCUCUAUGGCGUUUGUACUCAGCAGAGACCCAUCUACAUAGUGACGGAGUUCAUGGAGCAUGGCUGCCUUCUAAAUUAUCUUCGCCAAAGACGAGGACACUUCACUAAAGAUAACUUGCUGACUAUGUGUCAGGAUGUCUCUGAAGGAAUGGAAUACCUGGAGAGAAAUAGCUUUAUUCACAGAGAUUUGGCUGCUAGAAACUGCUUAGUGAAUGAGUCGGGAGUGGUGAAAGUGUCUGAUUUUGGAAUGACAAGGUAUGUUCUUGAUGAUCAGUACACCAGCUCUUCAGGUGCUAAAUUUCCCGUGAAGUGGUGUCCGCCUGAAGUUUUCAAUUACAGCCGAUUCAGUAGCAAGUCUGAUGUUUGGUCUUUUGGAGUUCUCAUGUGGGAAGUGUUUACAGAAGGGAAGAUGCCCUUUGAGACAAACACAAACUACGAAGUGGUGACUAUGAUAACUCAAGGACACCGGCUAUUUCGACCCAAGCUAGCUUCUAAGAAUAUUUUUGACUUGAUGGUAUUGUGCUGGCAUGAGCAGCCAGAAGGACGUCCUACGUUUCAGGAUCUCCUGCAUAUGAUUGAAUGUAUAGCGGAUGACUCUUCGUCCUGACUCUAAGCUCGGCAGGUGCAAGAAUUCACAACAAGGACAUACCGUUUUAGAGAUGCUGCUGGGUUCUUCCCAGAGACACAGUCCUGGAUGCUGCUGAGGAGGACCAUCGGAAGACAAGACAAUUGUCCAUAUCGCCCCUUUGUCUCCAGAAGACGUUUUAUCAAGCUAUUUUAAAGUCCAUUUGACGGUUCAAACAAUAUUGUUAUCGAGCAGGCCACGGUGUGGUUUUCCUGAGUGGGGAAAUGCCCAUUUGUAGCGGGCUAAAGCUACCGUACAACGUAACCCAAAUCAGCACAAGCCUUUUAUAAGCCACCCGUUGACUUGAAAGGACAAUAUUUAAAGCGAUCGUUUCUUUAUAGUCCUGCCCAUUGUUGUGCCCUCCAGAUGUGUGCUUGGGCACAUCUCCUUUUCCAGCCAGCCCGGAGGUUUUGCAUACGCUGGGUUGGUCAUAGCUGCUGGUGAAUGUGGAGGCGAGAUGGAACAUGGAGAAUGAGUCUCCUACAGAACUUGUCUUUCUGUACAAGACCUCAGUGGCUUGUUAGGAAAAUAGGGACAAAGCGAAAUCUCUUUGACUGGAAGCUGCUCAAAAGACCCCGCCAGGCCCGAAACAGAUGUUAGGAAGAACGCAAGACUAUCAGAAGAUCUUCCAGGACUUGUGGCUUGUUUAAGCCGUCACUAAGUUAAUGAAGAAAAAUGCCCUUUCGGUUUGAUCUGCUCUUAUCAUCUUCCGCAAAAGAAAAAUAUUAUGAAAGCCUCUUUUAAAACUUUUCAAUUUCUAGAAGCCAGAGGGGGCUCCUUUGAAACACGGCAUUCGCCAUAAAGGUAUUCUAAAUACCAUUUAGGGAUUGUAAAUAGGCACCGCACAUCGGUUUUCGUACGAAGGGAGAA